AUGAGUUGUGCGGAGGUGAUGUAUCACCCCCAGCCUUAUGGAGCUCCCCAGUAUCUGCCCAAUCCCGUGGCAGCUGCAACCUGCCCUACAGCCUGCUAUCACCCGGCGCCCCAACCUGGCCAGCAGAAGAAGUUAGCGGUAUACAGCAAGAUGCAGGACUCUCUGGAAGUCACGCUUCCCAGCAAACAAGAGGAGGAGGAUGAGGAGGAGGAUGAGGAGGAGGAGGAGGAGAAAGACCAGCCUGCCGAGAUGGAGUACCUUAACUCUCGCUGUGUCCUUUUCACUUAUUUCCAGGGAGACAUUGGGUCAGUAGUGGAUGAACACUUCUCAAGAGCUUUGGGCCAAGCCAGCACCUUGCAUCCUGAAUCUGCCAUUUCAAAAAGCAAGACGGGGCUAACGCCCCUAUGGCGAGACAGCUCAGCUCUCUCAAGCCAGCGGAGUAAUUUCCCAACUUCCUUUUGGACCAGCUCUUACCAGUCCCCGCCUGCACCCUGUUUGGGGGGAGUUCACCCUGACUUCCAAGUCACUGCACCCCACGGCACCUUUACAACAGCAGACCCCAACUCUUGGCCAGGACACGGUCUACAUCAGACUGGCCCUGCCCCGCCCCCUACUGUGUCCGAGUCUUGGCACUAUCCUCUGGCAUCUCAGGUGAGCCCGUCCUACAGCCACAUGCAUGACAUGUACAUGCGGCACCACCACCCUCACGCCCACAUGCACCACCGCCACCACCACCACCACCACCACCACCCAGCUGCUGGCCCUGCCUUGGAUCCUGCAUACGGGCCCCUGCUAAUGCCGUCAGUGCGCGCCGCCAGGAUUCCUGCUCCACAGUGUGACAUCACAAAGACAGAUCCGACUACCGUCACCACUGCUACCUCAGCAUGGGCCGGAGCCUUUCAUGGGACCGUGGACAUCGUGCCGAGUGUGGGCUUUGACACAGAUCCUAGUACUUGCUCCAAGAGAAUGCUGAGCGAGCCACUCUGUGAUUCAGCAUGCAGUAGCGUUAACAGUGCUGUUAGCAAGCAAGGGGGAAUCGUUUUUGAGGCCAAUGUGAUGGGUCAUUUGGAUAAAGGACACUUGCCCAAGUCUGAUGAUAACUUGCUCUCGGAAAGGCACUGGCCAGAGUGUUUAAGCGCUAGUCUUUGCAGGGUCCCCGAAGCGCUGUGUCUGUGCUUCCGAGGGGACCCCGAGGGUUUCACACUUACUCUUCCUACAGCAGUGGCCAUUCCCACAGACAAACCUGGCAGCAUUGUAUUUAUAUUGAAUCGCAGUGAAGACUUAAUUCUAUGA